AUGACACUAAAUUAUAAUGCACACGAAAAACAAAUCGAGGCGGCUUAUCGAUUAGUUGGCGACUCAGCUGAUGGUGAUAAAUGGUGGGAAAUUUGAUUUUUGCGGCGGAAAAACGAGGCAUUUUUGCAGGGUGAUUUAUGAUUAUGAGGGGAAUUCGAAUACACUGCGAGUUGGAGAAGAGGGAACUGGUGGAUUGGAUGAAUUUGCUGGAAGUUUUAGCUCGGGAAAACUUCAGUUUGGAGUUAUCGCGGUUAGACUUUCCAGUGAUGUUAUUCCAAAAAUCGUGCUGAUUCAUUGGGUAAACCUUAAAUAUUUGGAAAAUCUUGAAAUUCAACAAAUUUUCAGCAAGGCGAAGGAGUUCCAACUCUCCGUCUAGCCUCAACCACCCAACAUGCAGAAGAAUUCCGUCGAUUUUUAAAGACUGUGCACAUUGUUCUGCACGCAAGAAGUGAAAUUGAUGUUGAACCGGAUGUUAUUCGAAAAGAAGUUGCGAAAUUGCCAGCAGCAAAUACAACAGCUCAUGUGAGUUGGUUCUGAAAAUCCUGCUGAAAAUGAGAAAUUUUUCAGGUUGAAUCAAGUUAUAGUUUGCCGGAGAAAAUCGAAUCGGUUUACAAACCAACAAAACCACAUGUUGAAUUGAAUCACUCGGCAAGAGAUCAAUUUUGGAAUAAAAUGAAUGAUGAGGAGAAAAAGUUGGUUUUUUGGGGGCGAAAAUUGCUGAAAAAUCAAAAAUCCAAUUUUCAGACGAGUUGCCGAGGAGAAAUCCGCUCACCAAGCUCAACAAAAGCAAUAUGAAGCUGACAGGCAACGAACAGCUGCUGAAAUUCAAAGUCAGGCUGAAAAUUAUCAACCUGAAAAGGUUACAUCUGUAUAUAAACCAAUUAAACCACAUGUUGAGCUGAAAUCAUCAGAAAGAGAAGAAUUUUGGAAUAAAAUGAAUGAGGAGGAGAAAAAGUAAGUGGUUUUGGGUGAAAAUUGAUCGGAAACUUGAAAAUUUACAUGAAAAACGUUGUUGUUGCUCCAGGAGCCAAAAAAAUGCUCAAAACUCUUUGGAAACCCUAAAUUUUUUAUCUGAUGUUCUAUUUUUCCCUUAAAAUCCGGUUUUUCAAGCCUGGAAUUCAAAAAAAUUUUGAAAAUAUAUUGAACAUCUAGAUUUCUUGGUUUGGAACCUAAAAAAAUAUUAAAAAUGCUCCAAGACUCGAAAAAUCACAUUUUCCAGUCUUAUCCUCAAAAUCAACCUGAAAUCCGAUUUUCAGACGAGUUGCCGAAGAAAAAUCCGCUCAUCAAGCUCAACAAAAGCAAUAUGAAGCUGACCGGCAAAGAACAGCUGCUGAAAUUCAAAGUCAGGCUGAAAAUUAUCAACCUGAAAAGGUUACAUCUGUAUAUAAACCAAUUAAACCGCAUGUUGAGCUGAAAUCAUCAGAAAGAGAAGAAUUUUGGAAUAAAAUGAAUGAGGAGGAGAAAAAGUAAGUGGUUUUGGGUCUAAAACUUGAAAAUUGAUGAAAAUUUGAAUAUUAAAGUCUAAGCCUUUCAAAAUGACUGAAAAUUGCUCAGCACUUGCAGAUGUAGCUAAAUCAUAUUUUGAGGGUUUUCGUAGCUGAACCGUAGAAAUAAUUUAAAUCUCCAGCUAAAUCGAAGCAGCAAUUUAGCUUGGUGUUUCUGACCGAUUUCUCAGCUAAAACACACAUACGUUUUAGCUACGGUUUUUUGGCGCGCAAACAUGUUUUCUUCGUUUUGUUUUGUUUUUCGACGAAUUUCGUGGCCUAAAGUUCAGAAAAGUACUGAUUACAUAUUAUAUCGUCUACGCGUCAAUGUUUUAUCAAUGGAGAACGAGUAAGUUCAUCUAAAAGUUACGUUUUACGUUGAAUUUUUGCAGAAAAACAGUCAGUUUGUUGCGUUUCUCGAAAAAGUUGAAAGUGAUGGCGAAAUCUUCAAUAAAUUAGGUAAUUCCAACAAAUUUUCCAAUAUUCCACAAUGUUUCUCAAUUUACAGAUGUCAAUAACAAGAAAAAAGCCGGAUGUCACGGAUGUCGACCAAUUUGGCUUCUAAUAGGUUUUUGGGAAGUUAAACCGCCAAAUGGAGUCGCAAAAUGCACAAACACCACAUCGUCAUGUUUUGCCAGCCUACCGCCCUAUUGGGAAAUUGUAAUUGCUGCUUUUCUAUCCAAUAUUCGGCCGGUUCAGGAUCCAGAAGCUAUCAAACAACUGCGAGAAAAAUAAGUGUUUCUGGUGAAUAACUGGCUAUAAUUUCAUAUUCUUAUGUUAUUGUAUGUUUCAAUACGAAUAAAUGUUUUAUAUUUGCAAGUUUUCUAACUACGCCAAAUACAGAAAGAAAUCCGCAUGAGCAGUAUUUCGCAAUAAACAGGAAAACAGUUUUCGUAGCUAAAACAUGCGUGUGUGUUUCGUAGCUAAAACAGACUUCGGUGUGUGUUUGUAGCUAAACCGCACACUGUUCGUAAAUAAAACGCAAGUGUCAAGGGCUGCGAUCGGUUGAGCUAUGAAUUAGCUACAUCUGCAAGUGCUGAGAUGAAUACUGUCGCGAAAAAUCAAAGUUUUCUGCAAAAUUUACAAAAAAUUAUAUUUCUACUUCAAAAAUUCUGAAAUUUUUCUAAACAAUUAACUUGAAAUUUGAAAAUGAUGGUUUUUUUGGGUCUAAAACUCGAAAAUUCGAAUCCGACUUCAAAAAUCCCAAAUUUCCAGGCGAAUUGCCGAGGAAAAGCGUGAAAAUGAGGCGAAACAGCUGAAAUUCGACGAAGAACGCAAAAGAACUGCAAAUGAAAUUCACGAAAAAAUGGAAAAUGGGCAAUUCGAGAAGAAGGAAAAACCAGUGAUAACUGGUGGAUUGGUUGGAAGUCGAAAGGAGAUUUUUGCCAGUAAAGGUGAGUUUUUGCGGGGUUUUGAUGGGAAAAGUGCGAAUUUUGAGGGCUUUUUGGUCUGGGAGGUGGAAAAAUCAGGUUUUUUGAUCCAAGAGCCAUCUAUCUCCAAAAUCUAACAAAUCCAAAUUGUCUUCUGAAAUCUCCCCAAAACCCCCUAGAAUCUUUGCAGACCCUCUUCCCCUUCCAAAACCAAUUGGAUCAAAUGGAUCUUCUCCAACAUCAACUUCAGCCAAAAAAUGGCCGCCAGUCUCAACAAAUCAUCAAAAUCAAGAGAUUCGAGAUGUUGUGAAUCGCCAAGAAGCACAAAAUGCUGCUCAGGAAAUUCCACAAGAGCCGACUAAAGUUGCCUAUGUUCCAGAGCCAUUUGGUGAGUAUUUUGGGGGUUUUUGAGAUGGAAAAACCUAUUCAAAAUUAUAUUUUUUCCAGUUCAAAAACCGAUUUCUGCACCAGUACCAGAAUCGCAACCCACUUACGAUGCCUACGAAGUUCCACCACAAGAACCCGAGCAACCACAAUCGCCACCAACAUUUUUACCACCGGCUCCAAAAGUUACGCCAACUCAACUUCCACCACCACCUUCACAGUUCAGCUCGCAAUAUGACACGCUACCCGAAGAUUCGUGGGGCGAUGAGCCAGAGGAGAAAAUGCCGGCUCAUAUCUCGUCGCAAUAUGAUUUGCCACCGCCGAGUUUUGAGCAACAGCCAGAGGAGCCGAAACAGAGCUGUGAGUUUCGGGGGAUUUUUCAUUGAAAAUAUUCGGAAAAUCAUGUAUUUUAACCUAAAACACACCAAUUUUGACCAAAAAAUCAAUAUUUUCAGACACAUCUACCACUAUUACACCACCAAAAAUCGAUCAAUACGAUUUUCCACCGUCUGUGGAAGAGUCGUUGAAAGCGAUGGCUUUGUGGGAUUAUCAGGCGGCUGAUGAUACCGAAAUAUCAUUUGAUCCUGAUGAUAUUAUUACCGAUAUUGAUCAGGUAUGGGAAUUUUUGGGGGGAAUUUGGACGUAUGGGGCCAGAAAAUUAGUGAAGAAAAACUUUGGCCCAAAUUUUUCUUCACUAAUUUUUGAUAUACCACUUUUGUGAAUCUGAUAAAUCGAUUUUUAAUGAAAAAAAUAAAAAAAAACAUUGUGUUCUAAUAAUUUUCGACCCGCUGAUCACAAUUCCAUUGUCAAAAAUUGAAAAUCUCAACUCCUAAGUGGCUUUGGGAGGUCAGAACUAGAUUUCGAGAUGGUUUCCAUGAAAAUCUGAUAGCAUAUGGUUGUUCAGGAGGCUCGUUUACAUAUUUUCCUAGGUCUCGUGGUGAAAAAAGAGAAAAUUCAGGCAUUUUCCGCUUCAGGACCCAGGGAAAAUCGAUUUUUCGCCACGAGACCCAGGAAAAUAUGUAAUCGAGCCUUCUAAACAACCCUAUUCUAUCAGAUUUUCAUGAAAACCAUCUCGAAAUCUAUUCUGACCUCCCAAAGCCACUUUCAAAAAAUAACUCAUAUUAGAAGUUUAGAUUUGCAAUUUUUGACAAUGGAAUUGUGAUCAGCGGGUUGGAAAAUACUAGAAAAUAUAUAUUUCAUUAGAAAUCCAGAUUCCUUAUAAGCUCAUAAAUUUUCAGAACAGCUUCUAGAAGCCUUCAAAAAGUUUCUCUAAAAUUAAAAAAAAAUCUAAUUUUACAGGUUGACGAAGGUUGGUGGAAAGGAAAAUCGCCAAAUGGACAAAUCGGCCUGUUCCCAGCAAAUUAUGUGAAAUUAUUGUGA